ACCCAGGAUAGAUUUUCAUUGUCUGGCUUCACGGAGCCGAACAACUGUGGUCACAUGACGGGGAUGAUCAACUCAGGUUUUCUCGAGCGCCUACAUUUAAAAAGGGGCGGUGCUUGCUGCAUCAGACCAGUCAGACACAUGGACAUGUCUGCUGGCAGCAGAGCGGAAAAUUUUACAUAUGAAGAGCAAACUGUAGUGUUAGACAAAUAUGAAGAAGUUAAACACAUAAUUCAGCCUUAAAGCAGCAGUUGCAGCUGCCAAAUGCAGGAGGUACACAUGCCAAAAAACCCGUCGCCUGUGUGAAUGCUUAAGUUAAUAGACCUAUAUAUAUCACUGCACCAAUAUUAGGACACAAUAUGACUGUAAUUAAUUACAUCUGUCUAUGAAUGUGUUGCUUACAUUUAUUCUUAUGGCGUGUAUGACAGUUUUAGCCUUAUUCUUUCACACGGAGUUGAGAGCAAAUAAAAAAUCAAUAUAAACCAUAAUUCAAAGUGCUGAGUAGGUUAACUGUAAUAUUUUAUAGGGACAAGAAACACAAGGCUUUAAGUGCUUCAUUUAGUCUCUGCUGUAGAAUGAUAUCGGUAUUUAAGCACAAAGAAAUGGCUUUGACAUCCAACAGGAUGAAGGAAAAGAGUGACAUGAAGACAGGAUUGACCCUCUGCAACAAUGAAGGUCACUUAUAAAGAGUCAUCAGGGAAAACCACGUGGGAGAAGCUUGCCUUAAAGCCUUUCUGCCAGAAAGCUUUUCCACGUGAUUAUGUUGUGAAAGGGUCUAUUUUAACCCAAACCGUGACUUUUCCCCAAACCCAGCCAAAUAGUUUGUCUAAAUUUAAUGAAACUGCAUCUGAAAACAGAAGACCUUUCUGCCAGGGGCGACCCCAAUGAGUCUGCGAGCGAGCUCUCUGGGAGGUUUAAGUCUGGGUUGGUGAUCCCCCCACAUCACUAGAUAACCUGGGCCAGACAUCGGUACUGACCAGUUUUCUGGACUAGAUUUCUCCUCCGAUUGGUUGGAGGGGUGUUUCAGGGUUAAAUUGGCCCAUAACUCCUGUAGUCUGAGCCUGGCUUCAGGUGUCCACCAUAGGUUACCGUGGUGAUUUACAAAAAGACGUGAACCACCGUUGUGAGCCUGAAAAUCCAGGAUUAAACCUGAUUUUUUUUUUUUUUCAAUUUUGGCCUUCGUAAAACCAAUUAACAUAAUAUACCAUUGUGCAGUAAUUACUCAUACAGGAAACCUACCGGCAUUUCAUUGUGGUAAAAAAAAAAACUUCCUUGUGCAUGUAGUUAACUCAUCUAUCUGGUUCAACUAAACCAACAGACUAUAUCACAUCUACUCCUCACGCAGGAAUGUCACUGAGCAGGUUGAGGUAUGUAGCACUGUGUUUCUGUAAGUGUGUCUUCUAUGAACUGAAAUGAAAGCAACAAGAAGGAAAUGUGUGCUCACAGUCUCCAUAAAUGACACACAAGGUGUCGGCUGAGGUGCACGGAGCAGAGGGGUGUGCUGUAUGGAGGCGGAGAUCGAGCAGAAAGAAAUGCAUUUCAACCACACUACUCCCCACAUCUCACCCCUCAAUCCCAAACCUGGAUUUCCUGGUUACUAUGCACUCAUCCCCUUUGUACUACUCAUACUGAUUGGAUGUGUAGUGGCAGCGGUUGUUUACAUUAGGAGGAAAGCAAGUUUUUUUUCGUUCAGAUUAGAUGAGCUACGUCACAGGCUGAUUCCUCUGUACAGCUACGACCCCGCAGAGGAACAAGACUGGAGCGAUGGUGGCAGGGAGGAUGAGGAUGAGGAGCUGGCUGAACCUUUGUACAAGGAGGGAAAGCUGUCCUUUUCAUCUGGUUAUGGAACUUGAAAAAGAAAAGAAUGUGCCCAAUUAGAGGAAGGAUUUCUUCUUUUAUAUUUUGUAUUACGGAUUCUAUACAAAUGUUUGCAAAUGAUUGCUGUUUAUAUAAAUAUUUGGAAAGUAUCUUGAGGAGAUAAUCUUUCAGCAAAUAUAUGUGAAACUGUAGAGGAUCCAGUUAGAAAAAGUUGUACUGAUGAUCAAAUGAAUGAGAAAUUGAACAGUUAAUGGCAUAACAACAAAUAAUUAAAUCACUAUUUCUUCCUUUGUAUUAUGUUUAUGAAGCACACCAGACAGUAGAUGGCACUGUAAUCCUGUGUUUUGUCUGAUUUGAGAAAUAUGUUUUUUUUUUUUAAGACUAUACAAAGUGUUUUGAAGGAUAAGGGAAGAUGUGCAAUAAACUUGACGCUAAAAUCCCAUUUCUAUUUUUGUUGUUUGUGUUAUGUGCAUAUUUCUGAUGUUGUUUAUGAAUUGAGCUCAAAUAGCUCAAUAGACACACCUGUUUCUGCUUAGUAAUCAGCAGCUUUCCUGUGUUUGGAGGUUUCACAGGCUGACACAACUUCACAUGUUCAUAC